CAUCGGACUAGGCGACAGGAGACGCGCAGAGCGAUGGGAACGGCGUGAGGAGCGGGAGCGGAAGGAGGAGCAGGAGCAGGAGCAGGAGCGAGAGGUCGGUCUCCAGUCCGGGCUGGUAAUGACAGGUGUGAGGGAUGGCUUCCUGCUCGGAGAUGUGCGGGUCCGGCCACACUGAACCCAAGCAGGGUGCGGUCCACUGCGGCUACCCACGCUUUGGAGUCCGCUCCUACCUGCACCAGUUCUACGAGGAGUGUACCGCAUCGAUCUGGGAGCACGAUGAGGAUUUUCAGAUCAAGAGAUCGCCGAGUAGGUGGAGCUCUGUUUUCUGGAAGGUCUCUCUUGUGCUUGGGACCCUGAUCCUGAUGACGGGGCUCAUCCUUCUCAUCGCUGGCUACGCCAUACCAUCUAAGGUGGAAGCCUUCGGUGAAGGUGACCUGCUGUUUGUGGACGCCAGCGCCGCGCGCUUCAACCGCGGAUUGCACGUGAGCAAGCUGGCGGGGGCCGCCCUCUUCUGCGCAGGAGGGGCCCUGGCCGCCAGCGGCCUCCUGCUGUUCGCCUUCGCCCAGAGCCACUCCCGGGAGGAGAGGUACCUGCAGGACAAGUUCAAGGAGAGGAUAGCCGAGCUGCAGGCCGCCGCCCGUCCCAUCACCAAGGCACCAGGCCCGGGGGAGGGCAAGGUCCCCGUCACGCUGUCCAAAGUGCAAAACGUUCAGCCCCCCUCCUGAACCCCCCCCUUGAGUGUACUGUAGCUGUGGUGUGUUCCCUUCGGUCAGCUUACAUAGUUCAGCUAAUAAAUUGGUACCGCUCAAAAGACAACCUGUAGAACCAGCCAGAAGCACCGUAUUAAUUCAUACAUAAACGCCUUGGCCCUCUCCAAUUUUUCGUUCCCAGUUACGUCCAUUAUUGUGCCUUUUUUAUCCGAAACAUUAAAAUUGCAUUUUUUCCGUGAGCGAAUGCUGUCUCGGUUCUCAAGUUGAGGACAUCGUACAGACAUCAGUAUAGUGAAAAAUAUUGCCUUUUCGCCACUAUAUCCACAUUACUGACUUUUACCUCUGCGCUCUUCUGAGUGACAGCAAAAUUACGCAAACCAUAUAUGUGCAGUGACACGAUUACAUGAACCACGGUAUUUCAUGAAUAGCAAAAGUUUAAAUUUAUUUCAAGACGAAUUACGUUCAGUAUAAAAAAAACUUGUACACUGAUUUUGUUAAUUCAUUAAAGGGGUGGAAAUGCUUGUACCGUGUACAAAGCCAAUUUCAUGUCAUUACUUAGCUACCUCUUACAUCAUUUUGUCUGCCAACCGUAUUGGGUACCGAUCUUAAGAAAAAAAUCAAUCUUUACCAAGAUUGAACUAUUAUUCUGAAUGCUAAAUAGUGAUGUAUGACACAUUUCCCUGCACUGCUCUCAGCCACAGGAACACACUUUUUCCUUUAUUGAAAAACACAAGAAAUUUCCACUACAGGUGAUCCUCGACUUACGACAUUGGAGCUCUCAGAGAUGGCAUUUUACUGACAGCAAUGUUUUAUUUACAGAGCUUUUUUCCACAAUGGCUUAUAAGUGAAAAAGUGAGUAUUCUGAUGGUGCAGAAAAGAAAAAGUAAAAGAAAACAGCGUGAAAAUUAUAAUAAUGUUCUGUAUAUUACUAGUAUUCUAGUGGUAUUUUACCUGAAGGGAGGCGCGGUGGUGCAGUGGGUUGGAUUGGGUCCUGCUCUCCGGUGGGUCUGGGGCUCGAGG